UCACUUGCCCGGCGUCCUCCUCCUGUGUGUCGGCUAGAGACCCGGUCUGAGUCCGGCUCUUCACACCGCCCUCUCCCGCUCGGACGACAAGCUCACAGGAAGACACGCGUGGGACCUCCGGGAAGGCUCCUUCAAAACAAAACAGAUUCACACUCCACACUGUAGAUGUCUCCAGACUCCAGUCAAACUAUCUCCCUGCAGAAAACCACAGAAGAAGAAAACAACCAGGAAGCACUUCAACCUGUGGACUCAGCUUCCCACAAUCAAACCCAGGGAUUUGACACAAUAACAAUCCCCUAGGUUCGGAAUCCAUCUCUGCCUUGAGGAUGGAGAAGGUGAUCAACUGCUUCAAGAGGAAUCCAGAAGCUGUGGCCCGGCUGAUCUGCUUCCCCUGGGCAGGAGGAGGCUCUUUGCACUACGCUCGCUGGGGGAACCUCCUCAGCUCUGUGGAGGUGUUUGCAGUCAAACUUCCGGGCAGAGAGAGUCGCACCAAGGAGCCGUUCUCUCAGAACAUGCAGCAGAUCGUGGACGAGGUGAUCGAUGUGCUGUUACCGCUGCUGAAGGAGAAGCCGUUUGCUCUCUUUGGUCACAGUUUCGGCUCCUACACAAGCUUCGCUGUGGCAGAUGCUCUGAAGAAGCUUCACAACCUCCAACCGGUUCACAUCUUCCUGUCCGGUGCCUCUGCUCCUUAUUCAGAGAUCAGAAUCAAAGCCCCAAAGAGAAGCGAUUUAUCAGAUGACGACUUUCUCAAGUGGUUGACUUCCAUCGGAGGAACUCCUCCUGAGCUUCUGGGGAAUCCAGAGGUCAUGGAGCGCUUCCUUCCUGUCCUGAAGGCCGACCUGCAUGUCGUGGAGAACUACAGGUGUAACAAACCAGAUCAUCCAUUCCUGUCCUGCCCUGUUACGUGUUUUGACGGAAAGGACGACGUGCCUCAUGAUUUACAAGCCUGGAAAGACGUCACAUCAGGAGAUUUCACCAUUAGGAUGCUCGACGGGGCUCAUUUCUACCUCAAGGAGUCUGGAAAUGAAAAGCACAUCUUAGAAUACAUCACAAAUCAUCUGGAAACAUUAGAUAUGGACUAUUUCUGAUCAAACAUGCACCAUUACUGCACAGUGUCUCCUAUUUUUGUACUUUUUCUUAUAUUAAUUCAGUUUGAUGGAAGUUAAAUUCAUACCUUUCAGAAAUGCAACAUUAUGUGUUUAACCCGUACUUGGGAUAAGUGUAAUUGUAUAGCUUUUUAAUUCCGGUUAUAAUUCUAGUUUCUUUCAAAUAUGAAAUAAAACUGACUUCAUGAUCACA